AUGGCGGAGCCUUCUCCUGAGACCUAUGAUAAAAUAAUCACUAAAAUAAACGAAGAGAUUCUAUCACUAAAGAAAGAAGCAGUCUCUGAAGAUGCAAAGGGUCACUCAUGUAACUACUGCAAACCCUUUAAAUUUCGGCCUUGGGCCGCAUUCGACACUGAUUGGGAGCAUGUCGGCGGAGAUCGAGAGUCUGCAGUCGAUACAACGGAGAAACAGGUCCGAAAUAUGGCUGCAUCUGGGUGUGACUUUUGGGCUAUGAUUAAUGACCAAAUUACCUAUCUCGAAUUGAAGGAGAGGGCUGAGCGAAGAAGAGGCAGUGAUAGGUACUCGUUAAAUUGGUCUGAGAGGCGUUAUGAAAAGCUUGUCACUUCACUGGGACAACGUGUUGCUGCUGAGUUUUGGAGGUUACAUCGAAACCGAGCGGUUGCUUGGAUAGACUGCGAGGAGACUGCGAUGAUGUGGGAUUCACUUCAAGAUCCUCGACCUGCCCCUCGAAUACCGGAAACCGUCGUUGGCCCAAGCGACUUUGUGAGAGUAAGCAUCGGGCCUGAUUCUCGAAAGGAGGAUGAUGUGGGACCUUUCAAAAUACGAGUCACUUUAAAAGUUGCUCGUAAAGCUCAAAAGUCUGUGUGGCUACCUUGGAAGCUCUGGGACAACGUCUCAGAAAUUACAUUGAAGAAGUAUCAGGCGUUUUUAAUAGCUUUGGCUUCACCUGGUAGUUUCACAGGACUUGUAGAAAAACAUGUCGCAUCCCCAAUGAACUUGUCACCGGGUAGCACUGCGACAGUGUCUCUCAUUAAGCUCUGGCUUAAGAAAUGCGAGAUCGAACACCAGUGUGGGAUAUCAAAUUGCCCACUAUCAAUGCCCUCGAUGGUCCUCCAAGUGUCUGAUCAAGAUGUUGUGAGAUUGAUCAAAGUGCCUCCUACUACCAAAGAGCGAUACAUUGCGUUGUCAUAUUGCUGGGGCAAAAAGGCCCAGAAAGUCUUGCUUACGAAAGAAACCAUGUCCCGUUUGACGUCAGGCAUUAGCCCACAGGAGCUAGACUCGACCAUUCGUGAUAGCAUCAUCGUUGCGAGAGAGCUUGGUUUCGAGUUUCUCUGGGUUGACGCUCUUUGCAUUCUUCAAGACGACGAACACUUCAAGACAAAAGAGCUACGCAGAAUGGAUGACAUCUAUCGCCAUGCUUCCUUCACAAUAGUUGCUUCCGCAGCGGCUGGUGUCGGAGAGGGGUUUCUCAAGAAACGAGCUUCCACUAUAGACACAUUUCUGCCCGUAGCCGGAAACAGCCGGGUUGUCUUUGAGUUAAAAGCUGAGCGGGGUACCGAUGGCCCGAGUCAACAGGUGCCUGUUUAUCUUCGGCCAGACAAACUAGACGAGGUGGAGCCGUGGUAUAACAGGGCGUGGACGCUUCAAGAAGCACUCUUUUCCGGGCGAAGACUUCAGUACCGAGCCAACCAGACGACAUGGAUUUGCUAUUGCUCGAAAGAGAAGCUGCAGGAGUGCGACGGUUGGGCAGGCGGUAUAGGGCACACCUACUUGAACUUCUGUGACGGAGGGGCCCUCGGUAAGGUGAUGGAAGUUCUAUGGGGUCGUCAGGAUAUUCCGCAACAUGACGUCUUGCUGGAAUAUUGGUAUGACCUUGUUGAGAUUUACACCUCUCGAGAGAUGACAUAUCAAAGAGAUCGCCUACCCGCUAUUUCUGGUAUAGCAAGAGAAUUCUCCUCCAUCUUAAAGGAAAAGUAUCUCUUCGGGCUGUGGAAAUCUGGCCUAGCUACUGGAUUAGUGUGGAGUCUCCAAUCUCCGCGUUUAGGACUUCACCCAGACAGUGGCACCAGUCCCAUGGGGGCACCAUCUUGGAGCUGGGGCUCUGCUGGAGGAUCCGUACAGUGGUCCGGUCGCAAAUUAUAUGAAUGGCACGGACGUGAAGUUUCUGGGUGGAAGCAGAACGACGACUUUGAAAUAUUGACCUGUGAGCUACUUGACGAGGCUAAUGCUGUUGAUCUUUGUUUGCGUGGCCUCACAAUGUCUUUACCCUCAUCGGCAACCUCUCUGUUGGAGAAAAAGACAAUUAAAAUUGGAAACGCGUCGAUAGACGUUGAUUUAGAUCGCGCAGAUGACCACAGGCUUCAGCCUGGUUACGGGUUGAAGAUCGAAAUGCUAGCGAUAAUUAACGUUGGUCAACGGGCAGUAAUCGGCAUUCUCAUAGUGGAGGAGGGGGAACAAAAGUAUUCACGGGUCGGGGUAUUCAAAUUGGAAGGCAUCUGGCCUAGAGGCAGCGAAUUGAAGAAAACCCACGAGGAGCAUCGUCAUCAAAUAAGAAGCAUAUGGGGCGGCGACAAGAACAUUCGGGCAAUAAGUCUGAUUUGA